ACUGGCAUGGGUUGGUAUUUGGAGAGUGUGUUUUUAUAGCCACGCUCUGAUUUUAUCUGACAAUCAGAUCAUGUUCUGUCAGCGGAUCCAUUUGUCUGAGUCGUUCACGCCACCAGAAAUCGUGGCGGCGCAGGUGCUGAUGAUCGUGGCUCUGUUUCUGGGCCUCGCGGGAAACGCCAGCGUCGUUUACGGCCUCAGGAAUGUUUACUUCGGAUUAAACAAGAUCAGAUUAGCAUUUGCUUCUGGUGGGGUUUUGCUCAUUCUUACCGGAGCUUCUGCGCUCGUUCCUGUGUGCUGGAAUCUCAGUUCUGUUGUAAACAAUCAGACUAUAUUGUUCCCGGCGGAGUUUCGCAUGCCAUCAGCUCCGGUGAACCAGUCCAUCGGACCCGGUAUCAUCAUGGGGAUUUUUGCAUCAGUCCUGCUGGUCUUUAGCGGGUUGGUCUUCCUGUCCUACAGGGCCCCGGUAAUGUUGGAGCCCAAAGUGAGGCCGUCCAGGCCUGGAGAAGGUCCUUCAGGGACCCAUGUGAACCAUCAGGGAAUUGACAAUCCAGCUUUCCAAAGUUGAGACGCGUGAGACCGUUUUCAGGACGGAUGUG